CCCGGGUUCUGCGCCUGCGCGGUGGGGUGGCCGGUGGUUGCGCCGCGCCGCGCCGCGGUGGGUGUUUCUCUCCCUGGGCCCCGGCCCGGUCUCGGCGGCGAGGCGGGGGCGAGGAUGUGAAGAUGGCGGAGCUGCAGAUGCUGCUGGAGGAGGAAAUCCCGGGCGGGCGCCGGGCCCUCUUCGACAGCUACACCAACCUGGAGCGGGUGGCCGAGUACUGCGAGACCAACUACAUCCAGUCAGCAGAUAAACAGCGAGCCUUAGAAGAAACCAAAGCCUACACAACCCAGUCCUUAGCAAGUGUAGCUUAUCUGAUCAACACUUUGGCCAACAAUGUUCUCCAAAUGCUGGAUAUCCAGGCAUCCCAGCUUCGGCGCAUGGAAUCUUCAAUCAACCAUAUUUCACAAACAGUGGACAUUCAUAAAGAGAAAGUUGCUAGAAGAGAAAUUGGCAUUUUGACUACGAACAAAAACACCUCAAGAACCCACAAAAUCAUUGCACCAGCCAACCUGGAGCGACCAGUUCGCUACAUUAGAAAACCUAUUGAUUACACAAUUCUAGAUGAUAUUGGACAUGGAGUGAAGUGGUUGCUUAGAUUUAAGGUUAGUACACAGAAUAUGAAGAUGGGUGGGCUGCCUCGUACCACUCCACCUACCCAGAAACCGCCCAGCCCACCAAUGUCAGGAAAAGGAACGAUUGGGCGUCACUCUCCCUAUCGCACACUGGAGCCUGUGCGUCCUCCAGUGGUACCAAAUGACUAUGUACCUAGCCCAACACGUAAUAUGGCUCCCUCGCAACAGAGCCCUGUUAGAACAGCUUCUGUGAAUCAGAGGAAUCGCACAUACAGCAGCAGUGGGAGUAGUGGAGGGAGCCACCCAAGUAGUCGGAGCAGCAGUCGAGAGAACAGUGGAAGUGGAAGUGUGGGUGUACCUAUUGCUGUCCCCACUCCAUCUCCUCCUAGCGUGUAUCCAGCCCCUGCUGGCUCAGCUGGCACUUCUCCCCUUCCUGCUACCUCUGCACCUGCUCCUUCCCCCCUUGCUCCUGCUACUGCCCCCUCCGCUGCCCCAGAUGCUGCUGCUGCAGGAGCCCAGCCUCUUGCUGAUGGCUUCACCUCUCCAACUCCCCCUGCUGUUUCUUCCACUCCCUCAGCAGGUCACCCAGUUCAGUUCUACAGCAUGAACAGACCUGCCUCCCGGCACACCCCCCCAACAAUAGGGGGCUCUUUACCAUACAGGCGCCCUCCUUCCAUCACUUCACAAACGAGCCUUCAGAACCAGAUGAAUGGAGGGCCUUUUUAUAGCCAGAACCCAGUAUCCCUUGCUCCUCCUCCUCCUUCCAUCCUACAGGUAACUCCACAGUUACCACUGAUGGGAUUUGUGGCCAGAGUUCAAGAAAAUAUUUCAGAUACUCCCCCUCCUCCUCCACCUGUAGAUGAGCCAGUCUUUGAUGAGUCCCCGCCUCCACCCCCACCCCCAGAAGAUUAUGAAGAGGAGGAGGCAGCUGUGGUGGAGUACAGUGAUCCUUAUGCUGAAGAGGACCCUCCAUGGGCACCAAGGACCUAUUUAGAAAAGGUCGUGGCGAUUUAUGACUACACAAAAGACAAGGAGGACGAGCUCUCAUUUCAGGAAGGUGCCAUCAUUUACGUCAUUAAGAAGAACGAUGAUGGGUGGUAUGAGGGUGUCAUGAAUGGAGUGACGGGGCUCUUCCCAGGGAACUAUGUGGAAUCCAUCAUGCACUACUCUGAGUGAAGACCACAGGGUGCAGAGCUGCACCUUGCUCCACAGGAACUGUCAGGGCACCUCAGCUCUCCACCAGCCCCUAGGGGCCCACCCAAGUGAACUGAAUGAAGGAUAAUUGUAACACAACCACUCUUGUUUUUUGCUUUUCUCAUUAUACAAUAGCGAUUUGAGUUGUUUGAACAAAUGGCUCUUCCAGCUGCCAGCAGUGGCUGUACCUGACGUUGACUAAGCCGACCUGUUCGGAUGUAGGUAGUGGAGAUGUAACGAACUUGUGGAGUAGCUGAUACUUGACUAAAAUUCAGACUGAUUCAAGCGUGAUCUGGGAUCUUUCUCAGGAAUACUGUAUGGCCCUGUGAUAUUACCUCUGGCACCGGACAUCCUGGAUGCCAGUGCAAAGGGGUUAAUGUAACUGGCUAGUGGAAAUCCCUCACUUUUUCUACACUCACAUGCAGCUGGAAGGACACGUGUGUGCUAUCUAAUAUUUGGAUUCCUACACAAAGCAGUUCCUGUAUCUGACUUCCAGAUGGUUCGUUACAUCUUUAACAUAAACAGGUCUGCAACUGCACGUGUAGACUGAUGUGGGGGCUCACAGAGCUGGCUUGGGUUCACUUACCUUUCAGUUUAGAUAAUUAAGAUGGAUGCAGCCCAGAAGACCUCACCAUUGUGUAAUCUUAGUCUUUUGACUGCCCCACGUUAGAUCUGUGUUAUGCACUGGUGUAGAAAGUGAUCCCCAUUGGCAUAAGCUCCCAGCCUGCUGGGGCGGAGGGGUUAAGCUGAACACAAGUGCAUUUUGUGGUGAGGGGGAAGUUAAGUUUAUAGGUUCCUUGGGCGUCUGAGACUAACUCUAGGAGUUAAGGUUUGAAUCUAUUCGUGCGUCCUUGCACGAGACAGAUAAUUCAUCCUAAAUAUCAGUAUUAUGCACAGUGUAAUUUUUAAAAAACCCAAUCAGGUCUGGUAAAUUGGCUCUUUUGUACUUUGGUUCCAGAUCUGAGUAUAUGCUGUGACCGCCUUGUGCAGAGGCAGGACAAAGAGCAGUUGUCGUCUUCAGGUCUGUUACCAAAAUCUCCUCUCAGUGGAAGUAAAAAGGGUGGCCACAAGUGUUGGUUUUCCAUGGAAAGCUAUGCACAAACUGGUCAUUAUUUUAGCUCUUUUCCCUGCCCCUCCCAGUGUUUAUAAAAUAGUAAAUACCUUUCAUAGCUAUACCUAGCCAGGUGUGAAUCACACACACACUGUAAAGGUUUCAUGUACACUUGUAGGUUGCUUUUUAAUACGGUCUCAGAUGAAAAUGCCAUCACUUGAGUUGGCUUCACAGAUCAGUGUAAAGAACUGUGAAUGGUCAUCUGUGCCAGUUUAGGAAGAACUUCAAAGAAAAGAGGAAUGUUAACGUAAUUCAUUAACACAGCAAACUGAUUGACCUGCUGUUAUAGUCCACCUUCUGGAGGAGGGCAGCCCAUGUACAUGUCAUCUAAUCUCCCGUAAUAGGGAGGUACCGAGCAAGGUUUCUUCCUGAACUAUUUUCAUUUGAGCCAAGGUGAAAUUCCAGCCAGUACCAACAGUACCUUAUUCAAGUCUAGAUAAUGCUGCAGCUGUCUGCUAAGGCAUGUGUGUACAAUGGAAUAUUGCAGGGAGAGUAGUGGAGAUAACUAACUGGAGGCUGGUUUUCCUUCCUUCUUAGUAAAAAUGUGUACAGUCAAGCCAGUCUCAUAACUCAGUAGCUUGUGCAAUAUCUUGCCAGAGAUGUGCAUUUCGAGCAAGCGGGGACACUUGGGCUAGAUGGGACCUUUGCUAAACUGAUGCGUCAAUCUGAGGGGGCAGAAAAGGGAAAGGAAUGGACAACUUGUGCCAUUCCUCCUUAUACUCUGGAUAUGAAGUCUCCUUGGAGCUUUUCUGCCUCCCAGUACUCAUUCUUAGCUGGCACUGGAGCCUAAAUGCUGUCAUGUCCUUGUCAGGAAGCUUCUCCACUCAAUUACCCCUUCUAGCUGUGUGCUGCAAAAAUAGUUCCACUGAGCCGCACCUUUCAAGCCCUGCCACACUGCAGUCUGCCAGGGCUCAUCUCAUUGCUGCCCUUCUGGAAGGUGGCAAUUGCUUGAAUGCUUGAAUUAGGUGACACUGACUCCCCCCAAAAAAUCCCUUUUGGGUUUUUUUGUCUCCUAGUAGCAAAAUGGCUGAAAACAGACAUUGCCCAGUGUCGUUGUAGGAGUGUCUGGGUGAGACAAAGCUAGGCAGUUACCCUACACCACACUUAGGCUACUGUUAGUUUCUAAGGCUUGGCUACACAGGAAGUUAUUAUGAAAUGAGGUAGGAUGUGAAUUUAAAGUACAAGAGCUAUUCUGGGCCAUUUUGUCAUGUAGACGAGUCCCAAGGGCAUGUCUGCACUGCAAGUACUGGGGGAACCCACCUGCUCACAACAUGGCUAAAGCACAGCUGCAUUGUGUAGUGUAAAUGGGGACCCCACCCACUCCUCAGAGUGCUCACUGGGAUGGGCACAUGGUUAGGGUCCCACCUACUCUACAGACCAGAUGUGCUUUUUCUGAGUCAUCGACAUCGAUUUGUAAGUCUACAGACUGGGCACAGAAUCAAUAUUCCUUAAACUAGCUGUUUCCAUUGGAAAGAUGUCUGGUGUGGUGAGCUCACAAAGCAGAGGAUUUGUAGAGUCCAGCGGGUCCUGAGCCCUCGCCAGCAGACAAGAUGGGCUUGUGUUUUGUUUGUUCCCUGCUGACAACAUGACACUUAUGAGGUGGUUCAUCCUGCACAGCCUCUGUGGAGGGAGUUUCUGGGUCACCUCCUGCUGGUUUGAUGCUUUUUUAUGCAGUACUAAUGUUGUAAAAAACACUUGUUGGGUUUUAUGCAUAUUUUUUAUUUUGUACAGUUUUGAAUUCUGUAGAUUGUCCAGGGAUGAUGCUAUGUAAUGAGCAUAGACCAGGCCCAAAGUAAUCGGAUUUUGUAUGUACUGUUACAUAGACUGCAUGCUAUUAACGUCAGUGAGGGUUGUGUUUCCAGUUCUAUCAUUUGUAAUCCCUCCCCCCCAUUUCAUUUUCCCCUUUUAUUUAAAUAGUUACUUCAAAAAGGGGUGGGGGCUUGGGCAAUAGGCUAUUCAAAUAGAGGCAGAACUUCUUUGCAUGGAGUCCUGUCAAAGCUGAAAUGAAGGUGUUAAGAAUUACCAGCUGCUGGUCAUUCAGUGUUUUUCUCUCUGCAGGGGGUGGGGGGGUGGGUAGGAGAAAAGGACACAGCAGAAUAGUCCAAAGCAAGCCUUAGGCUCAAAAUACUAAUUCUCUAUCCCUCUCUCCCCACAACCCACUGCUUUUUUCAAUCCACAAAAAGUAGGGGGAGGGGGGGGAGAGCUAGUCCACCAUGGCCUCUGGAGCUCUUGUUAGAGGGUUAGUUGGGAUGGGAAUAGCCCUUGCUGAAGAAAUGAUGCUGUGCAAGUAUUUCAAAAAUGUUACUUUAUUAAGAAGUUUUGGUUUCCUGGAAAAGAACGAAAUACAUCCUGGUCCUAGCACAAAGCUACACUACAAAGAGGGGUCUCACCUGUAUUACAGCCAGCCGGGGGAGGGUGCUGGCUUUGAGUCCUGUUUCUCUCACUGAUGCUCACAGAGGGGGAGUGUACAAGAAAUUCAGCAACUGGUUCCCAAGUCCUCAGAUACGGCCGUCUAUAAGUUGUGCUUCUCCAUGCACUGCCCUAAGGGGCCUGCUGUUCAGAGGCAGGCGUACAAAAGAGCUAGUUUGUGGUGGAAGCUUUGCUGUUGUCUCAGUAAAGCACUAUAGGGGAGAUAAUUCCCUGUGAUAUUUCACAAUGUCAUUUUCAGGGACUGGGGGGGAGGAGCGAUUUGCUAACAGGUGCCUCUGCACAUUGAGGAGAAUUACAAAGUAUGAAUCUUCACCAGCAGGAGAUUACAACUACUCCAAACCAAACCCCCCCCCCCCCUUGGGCAGUGGAAAGAGCAAAUGAUUUAGGAGGUUCUCAAAGGAUCAAGUUGCUAGUGGACCCCGUGGAGGUCUCCAAGCAGUUGAAGAAUGGAGUGGGUUAGAAGGCUAGCGCCUGCCUUCAAUGCAGAUUUGUCUCCCUUCACUCUAGGUGAAGUGUGGCAAAUUUAGGGGCAUCUCCUCUCUCCCAUGUAGGUCUCAGGUUACCCCUGCCACUUGCUUACUUCCCCUGAGCCUGGAAGUGCCCCCCUUUUCUCACUCACAGUCCCUCAUUACGGGCCAGGCUGUGAUCUGCUCUGCACAGGGAAAUGGGAAUAAUUGCCAACCAAACUUGUUUGCUGUUCAUAGUCAUAGGAAAACCCCUGACGUUGACAGCCUGCGACACCUGGGCUGAAGCACGCUGAUAGGCCUGUCUCAUUGCUUGCUGGUGUGUUUUUGGGGUGGGGGGAGGAGGUGCUCUUCACACAGCACAAUUUGUUCAGUGAGGAACGCUCACCUUCUGCCAGAGGCACCAGUGGACCAGUGCUCCCCUCUGGGGGGGGGGAACAGUUUUUGCAAUGUGGUAAAAUAAACCCUGCCCUUUGAUGCGGAGUCCAGUCCUUAGGGGCUUUUCUGCUGUGUGCCAGUGGAGACUAGGAUCUACUCUUCCUGAAGGGCUUCGUUUCCAGUCUUAGCCUGCUGCCCUAACAUGAAAGCAGAACAUGAUUGAGAGGGUUCCCCUACAGAAGCAGGAGCUGUGAAAUUGGGGUACUGUAUAUGUUGAAAAUUACUUAUAGCCUUGCCCCCCUGGGAGCAGAACAGGGCAUGUAAGAAAUGGGGCUGAGUGAUGGAUUAGGUUCUAAGCUGUGAAUAGUGAAGCCCUGUGCUCAGGUAAUCACCGGUAGCUGGUUUCCAAAUGAAGGAAGCAGCACUGUAGGCAUACUUUGGCCAUAGCAGUUUUUGAAAACCUGAGCUCCAGGCAGAGUACAGGGGAAAGCACACAGCUGUUGCAUUUGCCAAAGGGGUAAUCUUGUUUCAUGCCUCUAGUAUUUGGAACCAGCCAAAACCAAAUUCUGAGGGUGGGAGAUUAAGAGUCCAAAUUUCCCGCUCCUGCAGCCUAAUGCUGAAUUGGCUGUAAUUACAUUUUUCUGGAUAGUGCUCUAAUACACAGUGGAAAAAAUAACGCAAGAUUUUUUUUUUUUAAUAUUCAGUAGCUGAACUCACUCGGUCCAUGGUCCUAGUGCUUUAUUUUGAAACUCCAAAAAUAAUAGUGCACCCCAGCCCCAUCUUUGGGAAGAUACUUGAAAGCUAAAUCACAGACCAUGGGCCACCUCUGCUUUCAUUUGUGUUCUGUGCAACUUCCAUGGCCGCAAGUGGAGUCUAAGGGUACAGUAAACAUGCUGAUUCUAUUAGCACGUUGCACUGUUGCUCUUACAAGGCACAACAGGGUGUUUGAUAAAGCCUCGGGGGCAGGCUGUUAAAAGGUAGCCUUUCAACCCACCUCCUGACUCCUUAAUACAGGACUUUGCCGAGACGGGGGCAGCACAUUUUUUGGUUCGUAUUGAUAACCUCUGGAAAAAACCCAGAGCUGUGUACAAAUUGGUUUCAAGGUUAAGCGCUGACCUCAUCUGAGAUUUUUGUGAAGAACAAGUGCUUAUUUUCAUCUUUGAAGCGUGUCUUUUGCAAUGUGUAAGGACACGUGGUUGCUAUGAAUUCUCUGGAAAAACAUCACUGUCCUCUUGUUCCUGUACAUUUUUUUCUUCAAAAAACAAAACACCCACUUUGGCUCAGUCUAAUAAGCAAUUUUUGGCUCUGUGGCUGAUUUACUCAGAGCCUCCACUCUGCUAUUGAGUUUGGUGAAGUAAGUUACAAAACAUGCAGGACUCAGGGGAGUUGCAUGCCACCGGAAAACAGUUCCUGGGUGUGUACCAUUCAAACCACCUUCCACUGAUUGGGGAACAUUAAUUUUUUAAAAUUUUUUAAUUGUACUUGGAACUAACUGUUGCUGUGUACUAAACCCUCUUGUAACAAGUCCUGAAUAAAAACACAAAGCACACA